GCUUGUAGCUUGCAGCAAGUGAAAGUCAUCUUCGUCCAUCUUUCUAGAAUAAUGUCGCCCUUCAGUCAGAUGUACGUCGCCAUAUACCUGCUCUGUGGGUUGAGCAGCAUGCUUGUGUCAGUCAAGGCGAGGGGGCAACACGGAUCUUGCGUUGCUACAUACUUGCAUCAAGCCGGCAUCACCAGAGCAAGAGCUGCAAGAUACGAAGCGGGAUUCGCACAGCGAGAUAUUCCCGCUGAGCACAUCGCCGCUAUUCCGCCAUCCAUUUUGUCAUCAUUUGGUGUAAAUAGAACAGGUGAUGCGCUGAAGCUGUCAAACUGUUUCUCCGGCCGAAUUCAAUCAUGUGCGUCAUUUGAACACUGUCAUGCAAACGGCCAGUGCCUACUUCAACCAAGGCGCAACGGUAACCCCCGUGUGUAUGGAUGUGCCUGUAAGGCUGGUUUCAAAGGAACAGAGUGUGAAUCUGAUGCGUGUGCUGUUGGUGGGAGCACUCCGAUAUGCCAUAACGGAGGCACGUGUGUUCGUCUUUCCACUGCUCCAUACUACCGCUGCCAAUGUCGAGAGAAUUACAUUGGAGGGCAGUGUCAAGCAGCUAGAAAUCACUGCAGGCCACAGAACCCAUGUGCUCAUGGAGGCAAGUGCCGUAGCUUGCUAGCAAAAUACAUCUGUGAUUGCGCAAGAGGCUACGUGGGCAAGACGUGCCAGGAUCACCUUUUCACAAGUCGGGAGUUGGACGAACGCUUUGCCAAGCAGCAAGAACUCAUUCUUUCAAGAUUUGCCGAACAAACAAGUGCCAUUCUUUCACAAUUUGCCAGACAAAAGGAAGUAAUCAAUUCGCGUUUUUCCAAGCAUGAGAAUGCCAUUCUAACCCGUUUGCAGAGCUUGCAGUCACGUGUCCUUACGGAGCAUGGACAGCGGAGGUUUCCAGCGGGGAUUUGGCUGUUAUCUGACCACGUGUCAUGGUUUGCAGCUAGAGCCAAAUGCAUAGUGCUUGGCGGCGUGCUGGCUGUGCCUAAGAGCUCCAGGGAGCACUCUGAGGUUCGUCGAUUAGCUCAACAGCAGCGUUACAACGGGCAUAUUUGGAUCGGUGCAUCAGAUCUCCUUUAUGAAGGACGAUGGAGAAAUCAGGCAGGCAAUGCGCUGACAUACUCGCGAUGGGGUCACGAUGAGCCAAAUAACCAUGGCGGAGUAGAGGAUUGCGCAGCUAUGCGAGGCGAUGGACAACCAUGGGUUGAUAUGGAGUGUGGACACCGCCGCCCUUUCAUUUGUCGUUUCCCUUGAUUGCAGAAAGAAUUACUCGUAGAUCUACUGCGUAUCCAGCGAUAACCAUCUUUUACCCUAUCUAAACCUCCUCUCAUACAUAAUAUGAGUGUAUGCAACCAUCGCCGCCUCUAACCACAAAUGUAUCAACCUACUCUCAUACAUAAUCCGUAUACACUAUUCCCAAUCUCCACGCUGCUCCAUUCUACAUUCUCAUCACGAUCACCACGCCUACUGUGUACACGGCACUGAAUUCAGCCUUUCAGGGGCCAGCCUACCCAUAAAUUUCAUAUGGCAUUCAAUUGACCGUAACUUUGGUGUUUCUCAAUGGAUUUGAGUGAAAUUUUGACCACACACUCCUGCCACUAUGCUGGCCCU